AUGAAGAAAAAUCCAAAAAGUAUUGAAGAGAUCACGGAUUUGCCUCAUGUUGAUAAUUCAGAUAAUUGUAUGAAAAUGAAUAAUAUAAAAAAUGGAGACGAUGGAAAUAAUAAUUAUGGGAAAUCAGAUAAUACAAAUGAAACAAAUUUGAAUGAUACUUUAAGUUACAACAAGUAUGGGAAUAAUUUCUUAAGUUACAAUGGAAAUUAUGGUUCGAAUAAAAUGUACAGUAAUCAGAAUAUCAACAAUAGAUAUUAUAAUAAGAUACAUUUUAAUGAAGAGAAUUAUGAGUAUUUUGGAAGGGGUAGAAAUUACAAAAAUUGCAAUAAUAAUGGUAAUUAUAACAACAAUAAUAAUAAUAAUUACAAUUACUAUAACCAUUAUAAUAAUAAUAGUAGUAGUAAUAAUAAUAAUAAUAAUAAUAGCAGUGGUAUAAGUAAUAAUUAUCAUGAUGGGGAUUAUGUGAAAUAUAACAAAAAGGGAAGUACUAUUCACAACAGAUAUAAUAAUAUUUAUACUACAAGUACUACCCAUAACACCUAUAAUAAUAAUAAUAAUAAUAAUAAUAGUAGUAGUAGUAGUCACAAUUUUCAUAUUUCUAAUAAUAAUUUAAGUGGCAAUAAUUAUCAUUAUUAUAAUCCAUAUAAUUAUUAUAAUGGAUGUACAACUAUAGACAAUGAGUUGAAUGAAAAAGACCAUAAGCAGAUAUCGUCAAAAAAGAUGUCUAAUAGCGUGGCAACAGCAAGAAGUGAAUAUACUAGCGAAAGUAAAGAAUAUCAGGCUAAUGAUAUUAAUAAAAAAAAAAAUGAAUUCAAUAGGAAUGAUACAUGUAAAAAUGAUGUGAAGACAAAUGAUGUGAAAACAAAUGAUGUGAAAACAAAUGAUGUGAAGACAAAUGACGGGCAAACAAAUGAUGUGAAAACAAAUGAUGUGAAAACAAAUGAUAUGAAAACAAAUGAUAUGAAAACAAAUGAUAUGAAGACGAAUGAUAUGAAGACAAAUGAUAUACGUCCAAUGAACAAAGAUCAGAAUAUGAAAAAAAACAUAAGAAUUAAUAAAAAUUAUUUUCCAAAAGGAAUUACUUCACCAAGAAAUAAUGGUAAUACAAAUGAUACAUAUAUAAGAGACGAUAAUGUAUUAAAUACAUACGAAGAAAGUUUUACAAUGAAAAAUAAGAAAAAAAAUUAUUAUAGAUAUCAAAAUAAUUAUAAAAAUAACACUUCAAACCAUUUCUAUAAUUCUUUGAAUAUGAAAUUGAUUAAUUAUGGAAACUUUGGUUACAAUAACAAUAAUCAUUAUAACAACAGUUAUAAUAAUAGUAGUAAUAAUUAUUAUCAUAAUAAUAAUUAUCAUAAUAACCAUAGAGUCAACAUACAUAUGAAUUACAGAAAUAAGAACAACUGCAUGAAUAAUUAUUAUCCAUAUAAUAAUUACAUUGAUACAAAGGAAAAUGAUACUAUGCAAAAAGGUACUUCCAGUCGUAAUAUCCUUUAUGAUAACAAAAAUGACGAUACAAAUUUUAAUUGUUUUGGAAAGGAUAAAUAUGCAAAUAAAAAAAAUGAAAUUGAUAAAAAUCAAAAUGACAGUGUUGUUGUUUAUGAUGAGAAUACCAAUAAGGAGGACCAUAAGGAUGACAAUAAAAAUAGUAGUAAUGAUAAUAUACCGAAUGUUAAUAAUAGUGAUAAUUGUAAUUUAACUAGUGACGAUAGGAUAAAGUCAAGUAUCCAGGAAAAUAAUACAUGUAUAUCACCAAAAAAUAAUAGUGUUGUACUUAAUAAUACAAAUAUGGAAGAAAAUCGUUCUUAUAGCAAUAAUGAUAAUGCAUCAAAAGAUAUUAUUAUGGAUAAUAUGUGUGAUAAAUAUAAAAAAGAAGGCAAGCCCUCUGAAAACAGUGUAUAUGUUAAUACAUAUAAUGAUAAGGAAAAGACAAAUCAUGAUAGUGAUGUGGCAAUGGAAAAGGAUAAUUCAGAUAUAAUAUAUACUGAAAUAGAACAAAAUUAUAAUAAAAAAAAUAAUAAUAAUGAUAAAAAGAAGGAGGAUAAUAUAGCUAAUGUUAAGGCUCAUUCCAAUUUUUAUGAUACAUUUGAUAAUAAUGAUAAGAGAGAUGAUGAAAAUGGAAUGGCAGAAAUAAAAGGAGAGGAGGAAAAUCUAGAUAUAAAAAAAAUCUCCAAUAAAAACAGUAUGAAUAAAAAUAAUGUAUCCUAUUUGGAGAAUGAGCAAUAUUUGAAAUGUAAAAUUGGAGAGGUAAAGAAUAAAAAUGAACAAGGUAAUACAGCUGAAGAUAAUAAUAAUAAUAAUAAUAAUUAUAGUAAUAAUAAUAAUAACAAUAGUAAUUAUAAUAGUAAUUAUAAUUAUAAUUAUUAUUAUCAUAAUAAUAUUAAUGAUUAUGAUGAUUAUUACGAUAUUAACGAUAAUAAUAAUUUGUUUAAGGAUGAAAAUUUUGAUAAUUCCACAAAUAAUAAAUCUUUUAAAUAUAACAAUAGGAAUAAUAUAAAAAAUGACCACUCAUUCAAAUCACAUAUACAAUGUAAUAUGAACAAUUCUUAUAAUUAUAGUAAUGGAAAUACUUUACAUUGUGAAGGAAGUAAGGAAUUAUCGUAUGAAAAGAAUCAUUAUUCAUUUUCAAAAAACGAGACUUUUAAGAAAAAGGGUCCAAAUAAAAAUUACACAAAUGGGUACAAUUUUAAUUACAGUAAUAGGAGUGGGAAAAAUAUGAAGAAUCAUAACUAUGCCUAUAAUAAUUUUAACGCAGGAUAUCAAAGAAGUAAUAUGUCAAAGGAUAAUAAAUAUAAUGAUAAUGAGGGAAAUAAUAUGUAUGAAAAUGGCGAGAAUAACAAUAAGGGAGACACAAUUAAAAAUAAUGAUAUUAUAUAUGAUAAAAGGGAGGAUGAUAAGAAUAUAAAACAUGUAAAAUAUGAUGAUGAUCAUAAUCAAAAUCGAGAUAACGAUGAAGAUAAAGAUAAAGAUCAUAAUCAAGAUAAAGAUCGUAAUCAAGAUAAAGAUCGUAAUCAAGAUAAAGAUCGUAAUCAAGAUAAAGAUCAUAAUCAAGAUAAAGAUCGUAAUCAAGAUAAAGAUCGUAAUCAAGAUAAAGAUCAUAAUCAAGAUAAAGAUCAUAAUCAAGAUAAAGAUCAUAAUCAAGAUAAAGAUCAUAAUCAAGAUCAAAAUCAAGAUCAAAAUCAAGAUAGCAUUAUUAAAAAUAACCAUAUAAUUAGUAUAGAGGAUGAUAAAAAAGAAUGUGAGAUAUAUUAUCAUAGAGAUAACAAUAUUAUUAAUUUUGAUAAAACCGAUAACAACUGUGAUGUUCAGUAUUCUCCAAAUUUACAAAAUGAUGACCCUAACAUAACUAUUGAAAAUAAAGAGGAGAAAAAUAUCAAUACUGAUAUAACAAUUUGUGAUGGUUCAAUUAUACCAAAUAAUAAAAAUUACACUUAUAAUAAUUAUAGAAAUGAAGAAAAAAAUAGGAUUAGAAAUAAUUGCCAAGGUGUAAUAAAUAUGAUACAUGACAAUGACAACAUGAAUUAUCAUCCUAUUUCAAAAAAACGAUUUGGUUAUUUUAAAGAUAAGAAUUUCUCUUAUAAUAAACAUGUAGAGGCAGAUAAUAAUGUACGCAAUUAUGUCGAUCAUACAUCUAUAAAUAUUUCUACAUAUAAUGAUUCCUACAAAACAAAUUUCCAAAGAAAAAAGGAUUAUAAUAGUUAUAUGACAAUGCCUUAUUCAAAUAAAAAGGAUAUUAAAUAUUAUAAGAAGAAAGGGAAAAUAGAGAGGAGAAUUAAAGAACAUAAUUGUUACAGUGGUAUAAUAGGAGAAAAUGAAAGAAAUAAAAUAAUAGAUAACAUUGGUGUAACAACUUCAAAUGGAUAUAUUACCCAUAAUAUUCAAAAUAUUCAAAAUAUUCAAAAUAUUCAAAAUAUUCAAAAUUUUAAGAAUAUACCAAAUGUUAAGAAUAUGCAAAAUGUUCAAAAUAUACCAAACAUUUCAAAAAUCUCCAACAUGCCCAAUAUAUCUAACAUUUCUAAUGGGUCGAAUAUUCCAAACAUGUAUAAUAUCACGAACAUUCCGCAGAUCGUUAAAGGACAAGACCAAUUUUGUAAUUCUACAUAUGGAAGAAGCAACAAAGAAAGAAAAGCUAUCAUAUCGUCCAACUCAACUACCAAUUUAACUUUUGACACCAAAAAAAAGGCUACACAAAAUACCUGGGUUAUUGACCAUAUAAACAAUGAAGAAGAGGAACAAAUGAAUAACAUAACCUCCAUUUCAAACACAACGGUGAACUGUUACAAAUCCGAGUUUUCAUGUUAUAAAGAUAAUUAUAAAUACAAAAAACAUUCAACUCAUAUUUCUACACCCAAUUAUUCAAUGAACAAAGAUAACGGUGUACUAAACGUAAUAAGUUCUGUUGACAAAUUAGUAAAAAAUGAAUACAUGUACAACGAAGAAAAGGGAAGAAAACGAGCAAACAAAAUUAAUAAUAAGAUGAACUGGCAAAAAAAAGGAUUCAUGUUAGAGCAAAAUAGGGAGAAAAUAAAUAUAGUAUUAAAUGAAGAAAUGAAUAUGCCCAAUGUGGUGAAUUGUACUAAUACACCAACUGUAUUAAAUGAUGCAAAAGAAUCUCAAACGUAUGACGAAUUGAAACAAAAGAAAAAAAACAAAAAAAAAAUAGAAGAAUUGUGCUGUAUGAAGAAAUCAAUAGAUAUGUUGCAUGUAAGAUCAAGAUCUGAAAAUUUCCAUUGCAGGAAAAAUAGUUUUAAGAACUUGGAAAUUUCUAUGAUGAAACCGCAUAUGCAACAUUUUGAACAAUCUAUAAAUAUGGAAGGAUUUAGAUGUAUAUUGAGUAAAAUGAUGAUUAAUUAUGAAGGUGAUAUGCUAGUGGAUGAUCAAGAGGAGGAAGAAAAGGAAGAAGAAAAAAAAGGACAAGAAAAAGGACAUAAAUGCGAAUGCAAAUGCGAAUGUAAAUGCCAAUGCCAAUGUCAAUGUGAACAAUAUAAUGAUAAUAAAAAGCAUCCUGAACAUGAUAAGGAAGACAACAUUAUUCAGAAGAAAGAUGACGAUGAAAUAAAAACAGAAAAGGAUCAUAAAGAAGAAGAACAGGAAAUUUAUAACACCAAAGAAGAACCCCAAUAUUAUUCGAAUAAUAAUGUACACAACGAAUCUUAUGUCACACAUCAUGAUAGCCUUAAGAAUAAUGAAACAAUUUCAACAAAUACUUCUGGUUGUUCUAUGAUUAAAAAUGACGAUUCUUUUGGUGAUAGUGUUAUAUCUAAUAGCUACGUAUACAAGGAAAAUGAUUUAAAUACAAAUAGUUGUAUAAAUAAAUUAAAACAAUUGAAGGAUGAUAAUAUAAAAAAGGAUAAUAGUAUGAAAGAAACUUAUAUGAACAAUAUGAACAUGAAUACCAUGGAUAGUAUACAUUUUGAUAGUAUACAUAUUGAUAGUUUACAUAUUGAUAAUUUACAUAUUGAUAAUAUAAAUAUUAAUACUACUAAUAACAUAUAUAAAAAUGGUGAUAUAACAAAUAACAAUAGAAAUGGAGGGGAUGUUAACAGGGCUCUUUUUAAUUCUAGAGAAAACAUUACUGAUGACUAUAGUAUGAAAACUCAAAACACCUUUCUUUGUAUAUAUGAUGAAAACAAUAAAGAAAUGUUUGAUAAAAAAAAAAAGAAAAAAGGGUUUUACCAAAAAAACGAUUUGUCUAUGAAAAAGGAUGUAGGUGGUGAUAUUAUUUUAAAUAAGCAUUCAUUAGAAGAAAAAAAUAAUUGUGAUUUGACUAUAUAUACUAAUAAUAUAAAUAAUACUGAUAAGAAUAUGGAAAAUUGUUAUGAUACCUCUUGUGCUACCAAAACGUAUGAUAAUAUUAAUAGUAGAAAAUUUGGCAUUGAUACAUAUGUGAAAGAGAGUGCUAAAAUAACAAAUAGAUUGUGGAAUAAUAAUAUAGAUAGAUAUUCUUAUAAAAAUGGAAGGAAUGGAGUGUAUUAUAAUGAGUAUGGUAAGAUGGAAGGAGGCACUUAUGAUUAUCACCCUAGUAAUAUGAUGUACAAGAAAUUUGGUAAGAAUAAUGACAAUGAUAAUGAUAAUAAUAAUGACAAUAAUAAUGACAAUAAUAAUAAUAUUGAUGAUGAUAAUAAUAAUGAGAAUAAUAAUAAUAAUAAUGAUGAUAAUAAUAAUAUUAAUAAUGAUGAUAAUAAUAACAAUAAUAAUGAUGAUAAUAAUAACAAUAAUGACAAGAGCAACAGCAUGAAUAAUAAUUUUGGUAAUUAUCAUAAUAAUAAUAGUAAUAGUAAUAGUCAUUAUAAUAAUUAUCAUCAUAAUAAUAAUUAUCAUCAUAAUAAUAAUUAUCAUCAUCACAAUAACUAUCAUCAUCACAAUAAUUACCAUCAUCAUAAUAAUUAUCAUCAUAACAAUUACCAUGGUAACAAUCAUUUUAAUAAUUAUCAUCAUAAUAAUAUGAAUUCAUAUAAUGAGGGAAGAACCAUACCAAAUAAUAGUUAUAGUGGGAAAAAUAGUUACAAUAAUAAUAUGGGAGAACACAUAAAUAAUAUAGACAUAACAGCUGGUCAGAGGGUUCUGAAGGAUGAUAUGAAUAAAAACAAUUUAUAUAUGGUUCAUAAUCAACAUAAUUUUGAAGAAUAUAAAAAUUAUAUGAAUACGAAUGUGAUAAGAUAUAACAAUCUGCAUAAGAAAAAAUACGUGACAGGUACAAAUUAUCAAGUGAGUAAUUAUAAUGAUACCUAUCAUUUUAAUAAUAUGAGGGGAAAACAGUAUUAUUUAAAUAAGUACAAUUAUAAUAAUCAUCAUGAUAUGGUAUAUACGAAUGGGAAAAAUGUGGAUGUAUAUAAGCAUAUGAGGGCAAACAAUAAAAUAGAAACAUAUAAUCAUAUGAUAAAUGGUAUGAAUGAUAUAAAUGUGAAUAAUAAUGUACGUAAUAAUACGAAUAGCUAUUCUAAUGAUUCUUAUUUGCAUGCACAAAGUGGAGAUGUGCAAAAAGUAUAUACGAAUGAUGAAAUUGUAAAUGACAAACAUAAUAAUAAUGAUAAUAAUAAUGAUAAUGAUAAUAUUUGUAAUAGUAGUAAUAAUAAUAUGGUAGCAGUAGAUAUAAAUGAAGAAAAUAAUAAAAAUAAUAAAAGUAAUAAAAGCGAGGUAAUUAAUAAAUGUGAUGAUAACAAUGAUGAACAUGAUAAAAUGGAUAGUAAAAGUGUGGUAAGUUAUAAAAGUUAUGGAAAUAAAAGCGGUAUAAGUGAUAAAUAUUUUAAUAAGCAUAAUAAUGAAAAUAAUUAUAAAUAUAGUAACAACAAUUAUUUUAAUCAAUCUAAUGAUAUGAACAAAAUUACAAAUAAGUACAUGAACCAUAAUUAUUCCAACGAUAAUUUUAAGGAUAACUACAACAAUAGUAAUGAUAAAAAAAAAAAUUUACAUUAUUUUAAAAAAAAUAAAAUGAACAAUACAUUUAAUAGUAAUAGAAAUAAGUAUGGAAUCGAAAAUUAUGAUGAUGUAAAUUAUCCAAAGGAUUACAAUGAAGAUAAGAUGAACAAUAACAACAAUAAUAAUAAAAACAGAGAUAGACACAAUUAUCAUACUGGUGAUAGAAAUAAUUAUUAUUACCAUAACCACAAAAAUGGUUAUGAUUUUGGAGUGGAAAAUAUCCCAAGUCAAAUUAAAAGAAGACAUCGAAAAUAUAUGCCAGCAAAUAAUUAUCAAUUAAAUGAAAAUCAUUCAACCAUGAACAAUAAUAAUAAUAAUAAUAAUAAUAAUAAUAAUAAUGAUAAUAAUAAUUAUAAUUAUGAUUAUAAUAAUAAUAAUAAAAAAUAUUAUUACAAUAAUAAUUAUAAUAAUAAUGAUUAUUAUUAUUAUUGUAAUGAUGAUAAUUAUUAUAAACAGACAUACGAAAAAAAUAACCAAGAUUACCACAAUGAUGAGUUUAAUCUACCAAUAAAUUACUAUGAAGAUAAUAUUAAAGAAAAUAAUCAAAUGAAAGACAACAAUGAAUUUUUCAAAACUGAAGAAAAAAUAAAUGAAGAAAAUAAAGUUGAAAAGGAAGACAGCAAUGAAGAAAGGGAAAAAAUAAAGAAUGAAAAAUUUAUGUGUGAUGAAAAUUUAAUACGUGAUGAAAAAUUAACAUGUGAUGAAAAAUUAACAUGUGAUGAAAAAUUAACAUGUGAUGAAAAAUUAACAUGUGAUGAAAAAUUAAUACGUGAUGAAAAAUUAACGUGUGAUGAAAAAUUAACGUGUGAUGAAAAAUUGAUGCACGACGAAAUAGAAGGAGAUAGAAAAAAAAUUCAAGAAAAUGUAAUUCCUUCAAAAGUAGACAAAGACAUUAAGAGAAGAAAAAAAAAGGAACAUUUUAAUAACUCGUUUUCAAAAACAAAUAUAUUCAACAAUUCAUAUAAUAUUAAGAACUUGAAUAAUAAUGAUAAUAAAAAUAUGAACACCAUAAGUGAUGAUACAAAUACGAUAAAUGAGAGGAAUGCAAAGAACAAAAAAAAAAAAAAGAAUUAUCAAAAUAAUGUAGACGUGGUUCUUGAUAAUAUAGAGACGGUACCUAGAGCAAGAGAAGAGAAAUUAAGGAAACAAAAAAAGGAUAAUAAAAAAAUAUACAAACUGAAAGAUAAUAAUAUUAAAGAUAAUAAUAUUAAAGAUAAUAACAUUAAAGAUAAUAAUAUUAAUGAGGAUAGACAUUAUGAUGAUAAUUAUAAAGAUGAUAAUUAUAAGGAUGAAAAUAAUUGUGAUGGUAAUAAUUAUGACAAUAAUAAUAAUAAUGAUAACAAUAAUUAUAAUGAUAAUUAUAAUGAAAAUAAUAAUAAUUAUUAUUAUGAUGAUGAUAGUACAAUUAUUAAGAAAAAUUCAUAUACCUAUAAAGUAAAAGAUCAUUCAUAUUAUAAUUACAAUAGAAAUAUAUCUUCAACCAAUAAAUAUGAAUCAAAUUAUAUUGUACAUGAACAUAAUUCAUAUAAUAAUAAUAAUAAUAAUAAUAAUAAUAAUAAUGAAAAUUAUACAAAUUAUACAAAUUAUACAAAUUAUACAAAUCAUACAAAUCAUACAAAUCCAUAUGAAUAUAAGAAAAACAGUUAUAACAAAAAUAAUAACUACAAUAAUAAAACGAAUAAUAUGUACGACACAAAUACUUACAAUAAAGGAUAUAAAAAUUAUAAAAAUAAAAAUCAUAAAACCACUCCCACAGAGCAAUACAAAAAAUUUUAA